CCAAUCGCGCCUCUCCCCACGAAGCGCUUCCGGUGGCGUUUCCUGUCAGUGUUUGUAAACUGAGAAAAAAAUUGGAAGUGCGACAAGAAACAAUAAUCUACAAAACUCAAAAAAUCGAAAGGCUUUGGCCCCUGAUGAUUUGGGUGGGUGUGGUCUCUUCUGUCACCCCUCAUCCUGAGUGAAGCCCCCUCUGUUCCCCCAAACACACACGCAUUCAAACCACGGCGAUGACACACCAUUCCAACAGCUCUGUUCGAGACCAUAUGAAAUGGGCUGGGUUGCUGGGCUGCGAGGCGGUGCUGUCCAGCAUGGCCCUGAUGCAAGCCAACAGCAUCCCAGGCCAGAAGAAGAUGAUGUCAUCCUUGGGUCAGGGGCACAGGGCCAGUCCUGACAGCCAGUCGCAGCACAGCCACAACCACCACGGGCACCAGGUUCACCAUGGACAACCACACCACAGCCACAUGGGCCAUCCUUCAGGCGGGAGCUGUCCACCCCUGCUAAUCCGAAAAGACGGUGAUUAUCACUCAUCAAGACUGAUGGAUGGAAAGGACAUGCAGACAAACCAGAAUAUGCAACCCAAGAAAAAGCACAAAAAAUCAUCUCACAAAGUUAAAGAGAAAGUGGAGCAUAUACUUCCACCAGUCGAUAUGGAUGAUGACAGUUCCUUGAAAGUCCAGAAGAACUUCAUCUGUGACCACUGCUAUGGAGCUUUCCGGAGUAGCUACCACCUCAAGCGACACAUACUUACACAUACAGGGGAAAAGCCAUUUGCUUGUGAUGCGUGUGAUAUGCGGUUCAUCCAGCGUUACCACCUGGACAGACACAAGAGGGUCCACAGCGGAGAGAAGCCGUACCAGUGUGAUCGCUGCCAUCAGAACUUCUCACGGACAGACAGGCUGCUGAGGCACCGGCGGCUGUGUACGGUUGGGAUGAGCAAGGAGGAAAACCAGUACUCACAGGAUGCAUCUGCCCAUCCAGCUUCCUGGAGCCCCUUACAGCCUUCCAACAACCGUCUAACUGUCUGACACCCCCCCCCCCCCCCCCCACAAAGACCCUACAGACAACAGCAGUGUUGAACAUUGGAGCUCAACAGUACUGUAACCUGAAAACAGCCUAGCUUAAACACAACCAAACUUUAGUUUGCUCUCACCAGCUCAUUCACAGAGCUCGAUAGUGGAUUUUUGUACUUUUCUAUCUACUGUCACGUUCAUGAUGCACGCAGAAGAUGGAGGACUAAUUCACAAUCUUGGACGACAGAUCAUGGUAUUAUGGCAAUAACUUAAUGGAAACAUCUCAUUUUAUCAAAAAGGUUGAAGGUGUUUUUUUGAAAUCGCUGCCAAGGUUGCAAGUGUUUGUGACUGCAUGGACUGUCAAAUGUAUCGUGCAGAGCCUCUUGGGUAUCCUGCUGACCUGCAGUCAGUCCCAGAGUUGCCUGUUACUACAUAUGGACAAUUCACUAAAGGACACAAACAAAGAACUGUGUAACUUUUUAGUGUUCAAAUCCUGCUCAUUUUGCUUUCCUUAGGUUACUAACCAUGUACACGUCAGCAGACUUGUGGUCUGUGCUGCCUAGAAGAAGACACCUACAGUCUACAACACUAAAGACAGGUUCAGAAACACUAAAGGUUAACUAGAUGCUCCUGAAAUGUUACAUUUUCAACUAAUCUCGGUGUUAGACAAGUCAUGUAGUGACUGCUGGCACACACAUUCACUGCUGUACCUUGUUUUAAAGGGGUGUUGACUUUUAAUAGGUUACACUGUUGAAAUACAGUAGAUGGCUGACAGGUAUUUUGUAGGAGUAGCCCAAUUUUUUUUGAUGCUCUUGAACAAAUUUAGUGAGCUUUCUUUUUGUUUUUUGUUUUUUUAAAUAAUGUUAGUCGGAUGUAGGAACCACUUGUCUGUUGCAAAAAUGAGGUGUUUCCUAAAGUGCUUCUGUAAAAACACCCUCAAUAUAAAUUCAAUGCAUUUACUGUCUCUCUGUUCCUAGAAAUCUCAUCAAAACUGAUGGUUGCAUGGCUGUUUGCACACAGCUGGAUCAAAACUAGUCCUAGACUUAAAAUAAUUUUCACUGACGGUACAGGGAAAAUUUUCCUGAUGCUGACAAAUUUAAUUCAGUGUUCAUGAAAAUGGUCCAGAUCAUUUCAUAGAGAAUAAUUUGGCUCAUACACAGAUUUUGAGAGCUGACCUCUGUCCUGACCUGACUGAAUGUGACCCCAAUAUAGUGCCAUGUCAUUUAAUCUCCAGUUUAACCUUGAGCAUCUUCAGUGAAGAUGAUAAUUGUUUUCUAUGAUGAUGAUGUUCUGCAUUAUAUUACUGUAUGUUCAGGCCUCUAAAGGAUCAAAUCAGUUUGUAAACACUGGACUGAAGAUAGUAGUUCAAUUGUAAAGGAAGACGGGAGUUUUAACAUUUGUUAUUUGUUUAGACUAAAACAUGUCUUAUAGUAGACUGGUAGUUCUGUUGCUGUCGGGCUUUUAGAUUGUGUGAAAGGAGUUUGGAGCCCAUCAAUGACCUGUCUACUGUUUAUGAAGUUAAUAUAUAUUUAAAAUGUAUUAGGGGUAGAUAAUAGUAUGUAUGGGACCUACACUCCAGAAGCAAAUCAAAGUAUUUACAAAGUUAUACUUCUUAGUCUGAUGAUUUCUUAUGACAAGUGAAAAGGCCACAACCAGUUACUGUUCAACUUGCUUUUAGGAGUAAAGUAAGAGCUGACACUCUUGCCCUUUUAGUAUAGCAGCCAUGAUUAGUCAGCAUAUUUUUUUAUUUUUCUUUUGCAUGUAUUUGUUGGAGGAACUUGUAUAUUUUUUUUGUUUGUUUUGGUUAAGAGAUUUUUUUAAUGUUAGCCCCAAAUUGUUUUUGUCAUUUCAGGGGUGUGAAGUAAAGACUCAGUCAAUCAUACUGUAGUUAAUGGAGUUUUAGCGCCCCAAGUCUCAAUAAAGCUGUUACACUUUUUAAACAA